AUGACGACGCGUCAGGUUCUUUUUAUCUCUGUGACACGCGUUCUUGUCAAGUCAACGCACGAGUCGUGCGCAGUAGAUAUGACCAUAUCAGCAGGCGUCAUCUACCAGUCUCUUCUUUUAGGUAAUACGGCCAAUCAUUCAAAGGAUGCAAAUAAUACCUUUCACCAAUUAAUGACUGUUUAUCAAAGUGAGAGAUCAGAGUUUUUACGUGUAAUUAAAGAGCAAUCGAUCGACGUGAACAAGGAAAUGAGUCCAUACGGAUUGUCUAUUUUUCAAUGGUUAUGCACUAAGCACGACGUCAUAGCAAUUCAAUAUUUAAUAAGAGAGUGCCAAGGACAAGUUACAGCAAAGACUGCUUUAGGAGAUACGUGUUUAAUGCUGGCUUGUGCAGCUUAUGCGACCAAUCUCACGCGAAAAUAUAGGACUGUUGAAUUGCUAAUUAUGGAAGGUUGUGAUGUUAACGCAAAAAAUUGGACAAAUGUAACGGCUUUGAAUAUUGCAACACGAAUGAAAGAUGGAAAAUUGUGGAAAAUAUUAUUUAAAAACGGUUGA